AUGCUAGCGAAAAGCACGCUUGCUCUUGUUGGAGUUACCUUAUUAAAUAUUUUUGCUAUGGCUGAAAAUUUCACUCCUUCUGACUUGAUUCAAUUAGCAAGACCUGGUGUGCCUGUCACCUCACCCAGUGGAGCACUGGCGGUUUAUGCACAAUCUGCAUAUAAUAUCACCGACGCCAAAACAGUGCGAAACCUUUACUUGUUAAACAUUGAAAAGAACGUAGUAGAAGAACUAACCAAACCUUCCUACGACAUCUCGGACAGUGAACCCUUCUUUUUAGACGACCAACACAUUGCCUACUUCCAUCGCGAUGCUCAAAAUAAGGCUGACGUUGACCAACUCUACGUAUUGAAUUUGUCCGAUAAAGGCGAAGAGCCUUAUCGUUUAACCGAUUUCCCCAUCUCUUUCAAUAGCUUAAAGUAUAACUCCAAGCGUAAGUUGUUAGCCUUUUCUGCUUCUGUCUAUCCUCAAGAAGGUACUUUGGAAGGUACUCUUCAAAAGGACAAGGAAAUUGCAUCUACCAAAAAGGACACUGCCAUGGCCUUUGAUGAACUGAUGGUUAGACACUGGGAUACCUAUGUGACUGAAAAGAAGAACACCAUCUUUGUAGUGGAUCUUUCAAUCAAGAAUAACAAGUAUGAGAUUGCCACCAAGCCUAUUAAUCUCUUGAAGAAUUCAGGUUUAGAAUCGCCUACUUUCCCACAAGGCGAUGCUGGAGACUUUGAUAUCUCUCCCGAUGCUUCUCAUAUCGCCUUUGUUGCCAAGAUCAACACCAAGGAUAACGCAUGGCAAACAUCUGCUCAUAUCUACACUGUCUCUACUACUGGUGAUGCUGCACCUGUAGCCAUUAACAAGGACAUUCCUGCUGCUUCUUCUAACCCUCGUUACACACCUCAAGGUCAACUCGUUUAUUUCCAAAUGAUGAAACCUCAAUAUGAAGCAGACCGUAAUCGUAUCAUUUUGUACGACCCCGAAACACAGUCUCGCAAGACAUUGGCUGACUCAUGGGACAGCAGUCCUCAUGAGGUAACCUUCUCUGCUGAUGGAGAGACCUUGUAUGUGACAGCAGAAGAAAAGGGACGAAACAAGAUCUUUGCUGUUGAUGUCCAAACAGAGGAUAUCAAGACUUUAACUCACGAUAAAUAUGCUACGGGACUCACUGUACUUCCUAACGGUAACAUCUUUUACGGUGUCAGUGCCAUGAAGCAUCCUGUUGCCCCCCACCUUUUGGAUGUAAAGACACAAGAAGUGAAGCCAUUGGCAAUUGAAUUAGAACUCGAAAAGAAGCUCAAGUCAGUUUCGUUCUCGGAUGCAGAGGAUGUUUGGUUUACAGGUGCAUUGGGUGACCAAGUGCAUGGUUGGUAUUUGAAACCUGCUAAUUUUGAAGAAGGUAAGAAAUACCCCGUGGCUUUCUUGAUUCAUGGUGGUCCUCAAGGUGCAUGGGAUGAUAACUGGUCUACACGUUGGAACCCACAAAUCUUUGCUGGUGCUGGCUAUGGUGUUGUCGCUAUUAAUUUCCAUGGUUCCACGGGUUAUGGACAGGCAUUCACUGACUCCAUCGAAAAGAACUGGGGUUCACACCCUUUCCAUGAUUUAGAGGCUGGUUUGGAUCAUGUGUUGGCUACCUAUCCUUACUUGGAUGCAGAAAGAGUCGCAGGUUUAGGAGGUUCCUAUGGUGGUUUCAUGGCUAAUUGGUUAAACGGUCACAGUAAUAAAUUUAAGGCUCUUGUCAAUCAUGAUGGUGUCUUUUCUACUACACAGGUUUACUAUACAACCGAUGAGUUGUACUUUGCUGAGCGUGAGUUUGGAGGAUCUCCUAUUCAGCCUGAAAACAGACAAGGCUUUGAAAAGUGGUCUCCUUCUAAUUUUGUUCAAAAUUGGAAGACACCUACAUUGAUUAUCCAUGGUAAAAUGAUUAAGUAUUGA